AUGACAGCUUCAGAAUCCCCCGCCACGCAACUCCCUCACCUCCGCCGCACCAAUGGCAACACCCAGCUCUACCUCAAGGGCAAGCCCUUCCUCAUGCUCUCCGCCGAGCUUCACAACUCCUCCCUCUCCUCCGCCCGCUUCAUGUCCGAGGUCUGGCCCGCCAUGAAAUCAAACCACAUCAACACCCUCCUCGGCGCCGUGACAUGGGAGGACAUCGAGCCCACCGAGGGAAGCUUCAACUUUUCCGAGCUCGACGCCGUGCUCGCCGGCGCGCGGGAACACGACAUGCACCUCGUCCUCCUCUGGUUCGGCACCUACAAAAACGGCAUCUCGACGUACGCGCCGCACUGGGUAAAACGAGACACCAAGCGCUUCCCGCGCGUGCAGGUUCUCGAGAAGGGGGGCGUCAAGAGGACCAUUGAGAUGGUCACACCGCUCAGCGAGGAAGGCUGCGCGGCGGACUCGAGGGCAUUCGCCGCGCUGUGCAAGCACCUCGCCCAGGUUGACGCCGAGCACAACACGGUUCUCAUGAUCCAGGUCGAGAACGAGACGGGUCUGCUGGGCGACUCCCGCGACCGCUCCCGCCGCGCCGACAAAGCCUUUGCCACACCCGUACCCGAGGCGCUCCUCCGUCACCUCAACGAGAAAUCAGCCGACCUACACCCCAAAUUCAAGGCCCGCUUCGUCGACCCGCCUGCCUCCGGCUCACACUCGUGGACAUCAGUCUUCGGCUCCGGCUCAUCAGCGGACGAGGCCUUCAUGGCCUACCAUAUUUCCUCCUACGUCGGCCGCGUCGCCGCCGCCGGGAAGAAGGAAUACGAGAUCCCCCUCUACACAAACACCUGGCUCAACUUCGACGAUCCCUCCGACCUCGAUCUCCGUGGCGUUCCCAUCGUCUCCCUCAAUUUCCUCGCGCCGGACCUCUACUUCCACAACUACGAGGCCGUGUGCAAAGAUUACACGGCCCAGGGCAACCCGCUCUUCAUCCCCGAGCAGCGGCGCGAUGAGAACGGCGCGCGGCGGGUGUGGUUGUCCUACGGCACCUACGGCGCCCUCGGAGCGAGCCCCUUUGGCAUCGAUACCGGCCCGGAGGUUGUCGGGCGCGAGUUCAAGCUGCUCGCGCAGGUGGCGCCGUACCUGCUCGCCGCGAAGCCCGAGGAUAGGUUCGGCUUCUUCUUUGACGAGGAGAUCAACACGGCGGGCAAGGGCGAGAGGUGGACAAAGGUGAUUGGUGACGUUGAGGUUAUCGUCGAGCGCGCUUUCGUGUUUGGCAAGCCUGGUCCCGGCGGCGGUAUGGUCAUUCACCUUGGUGACGCCAAGUUCCUGGCCGUGGGCCGCGGCUUCAACGUCCACUUCAAGAGCGUGCGGCCUGAAGCGACGUUUACUGGAAUUCUUGCGGCUGCUGAGAAAGAGGUUGAUGAGAAGGGAGAGCUACGGACGCUGCGGGUGUUCAAUGGUGAUGAGACGCGCAGCGGAGAGUUUUUGAUUAUGCCUAAUGACGAUCCAGACUAUGGCGGAUUUCCCAUUGCUGUUACGGUCCCGGCGCGGACGUGUAUUGUUGAGAUUGAAGCGUACUGGGUUGCAGAAGAUGAGGAGGACCGGUGA